AUGGUUUGGGACGGCGGGAUCGAGCCCAAUGGCACAGAGGGCAAGAACUUCUACAUCCCCAUGUCCAACAGGACUGGGGUUGUUAGAAGUCCCUUUGAAUACGAACAGUAUUAUAUGGUUGAUCCCAUGAUCUACAAGCUUCUAGCUUUCUACAUGUUUUUCCUGAUCUGCACUGGAACUCCGAUCAACGCUCUGACGUUGUUGGUCACAGCUCAGAACAAGAAGCUCCGGCAACCUCUCAACUUCAUCCUGGUCAACCUGGCUGUGGCUGGACUGAUCAUGUGCGCCUUUGGAUUCACCAUCACCAUCACAUCUGCUAUCAACGGCUACUUCAUUCUUGGAGCCACUGCUUGCGCUGUUGAGGGAUUCAUGGCCACACUAGGAGGUGAAGUUGCUCUCUGGUCCCUGGUAGUCCUUGCUGUUGAAAGAUACAUCGUAGUCUGCAAACCCAUGGGAAGCUUCAAGUUCUCUGGUACUCAUGCAGGAGCUGGAGUCCUUUUCACCUGGAUCAUGGCUAUGGCAUGUGCUGCUCCUCCUCUCUUUGGCUGGUCCAGGUACCUUCCUGAGGGCAUGCAGUGCUCCUGUGGACCGGACUACUACACUCUGGCUCCAGGCUACAACAAUGAAUCAUACGUAAUAUACAUGUUUGUUGUCCACUUCUUCACUCCUGUCUUCAUCAUUUUCUUUACUUACGGAAGCCUUGUGCUGACAGUCAAAGCUGCCGCAGCCCAGCAGCAGGAGUCCGAGUCUACCCAGAAGGCUGAGAGGGAAGUGACACGCAUGUGCAUCUUGAUGGUCUUUGGCUUCCUAGUAGCCUGGGUGCCAUAUGCCAGUUUUGCCGGUUGGAUCUUCAUGAACAAGGGAGCGGCCUUCACAGCCAUGACAGCAGCUAUCCCUGCCUUCUUUGCAAAGAGCUCAGCCCUGUAUAACCCUGUUAUCUAUGUGCUGUUGAACAAACAGUUCCGUAACUGCAUGCUGAGCACUAUUGGAAUGGGCGGCAUGGUGGACGAUGAGACCUCAGUCUCUGCCAGCAAGACAGAAGUGUCCUCUGUCUCUUAAUCACGAUGACAUCCUCAAAUCAUUGGACAUUUUUCUUGCUGAUCCCUUCCAGAUUUUUAAAAAGAUCCAGUGAAAAGAAAGUCUUAAACUUUUGCCAAAUGGAUUUAUGGAUUUGAUGAACAGACUCUGGACCUAACACGAUGAGGAAUUAAAUCUGUUAAUAUGUAUAAAUUAACAAAUGUAAUGAAAUGAAUUUGCUCAGGAGGUUUUCUUGCGCAGCAUUCAUGUGUCUGUGUGCGCGCAAGAGCAUAUGAGUGAGUG